AUGGAAAACUUCUCACUCCUCAGCAUCUCUGGACCUCGAAUCUCUUCCUCUGCCCUGAGCACUUUUCCUGACAUUAUGUCCUCAGGUGCCACCAGCUUGCCAGACUGCAGCCUGUGGGACACCCAGAAUGGAGAGCAGCUGAGGCGGAACUGCACCAUCUACCGGCCCUGGUUCUCCCCCUACAGCUACUUCGUAUGCUCAGACAGAGAGAGCCACGUGGAGGCCUACAGCUUCCCAGAGGUGCAGCGGGACGAGGGCAGGGGGGACAACAGCCUUCCCGAGGACAUGGCUGAGAGCAUCUGCUCCUCUUCCUCCCCAGAGAACACUUGUCCCCAAAAGGCCACCAAGAAAUCCAGGCACAGCCUGGAGUCCAUGGACUCCAUCACGUCCCAGGACAUCCUAACAGCCUCCAAGUGGCACCUGACCCAGCAGAACGGCUACAAGUGCGCAGCCUGCUGCCGCAUGUACCCCACCCUGCACUCGCUCAAGAGCCACAUCAAGGGGGGCUUUAAGGAGGGCUUCAGCUGCAAGGUGUUUUACCAUAAACUCAAAACUCUCUGGGAAAAGGAGCAGAAAGCCCGACUGGGAGACAGGCUCUCCUUGGGCAGCUGCCAGGCCUUCAAGUAG